GUUUUCACAUUCGUCUCUGUAGCGUGAGAGAGGAUGGGUCUAUACGAGACAAUUCCAAAACAUCUGGAUAAAUUUAUUUUUGAUGAACUCCGCCCUGACCAGCAGUUCCAGGAUCAAGUGGGCGUGGCCAUUGACAAGAUCUGCACUUUUUUAAAGGAACAAUGUUUCUCCGGUUACAGCUCCAUUAAAAUCAUUAAAACGGUGAAGGGUGGUUCCUCUGGGAAAGGGACAGCUUUAAAAAAUCGCUCGGAUGCAGAUUUGGUCGUCUUCAUCAGCCAGUUCAAAAAUUUCCGCGACCAGGAGCAAAACCGGGGUGAAAUCCUGACAAUAAUUCGGAAGAUGCUGAAUGAGAUCAGGAAAGAAAUUGCAUUCGAAAUCAACAUGACAGAGCCCCGAAUGAUUACCUUACCAUCUGGCCAGACCUCAUCUCCUCGCUCCCUGAAUUUCAGUUUUCAAUCCACUGAGCUUUCUGAUUCUGUAAAGGUUGAUGUACUCCCAGCAUUCGAUGCUUUAGGUCAGCAAACACGAACCUGCCCAGAUGCCAAGGUUUAUGUGAACCUGAUUAUGGCCAAAGGAUUUGGAGGAGAAUUCUCAACAUGCUUCACUGAACUUCAGAGAAACUUUGUGAAGUGCCGUCCAGUUAAACUGAAGGACCUGAUCCGCCUUGUGAAGUACUGGUAUAUAGAGGUAGGAGCAGCGACUGUUGAAGUUUAUUUAUGUACUGUGAACAAAAACUUGCAAAGGUUUAAUAAAAAGAAAUGGUACAAUUUUAAAGGGGUACAAGAGCAGAGCGACCUGGGUGCACAUGUACAUAUGUCAGAAAGAUGGAAGGACAGGACGAGAGCAUUGUUUAGAAAGCUCACAGAAAAGUGAUUGUGUUGAACUUAUGUAAGUCUGUGGUUGGGUAUCACCUGGAGUAUUACAUCCAUCUCUGGGAACUGCAUUAUAGGAAACUGUGAAGGUAUUGGAGAGAGUGUAGAAAUUUUGGAUGAGAGUGGUUCCAGAGAUGAGAAACUUCAGUUAUGAAGAUGGAUUGAGCAGUUGGGACUGCUUUUCUUGGAGAAGAGAAGGCUGAGAGGAAAUUUGGUGGAGGUUUAAAAAAUCACGAGAGGUUUAGACAGAACAUAUAGGGAGAAACUAUUCCCACUUGUGAAAGGAUUGAGAAUCAGGGGACACAGAUUUAAACAAAUUAGCAAAAGAAGAAAAGGUGAUGCAAGGAAAGUCAUGUUCACGCAGAGAUUGCUUAGGAUUUGGAAUGCAUUGGCUAAAAAUAUGGUGGA